UCCCAUGCACGCACACGCACCCGAACCCAUGGCGACCGGCGACGGCGACGACGACGCCCAGCAGCAGCAAGACGGCGAGCAGCCGCCGGUGGUGCUCAUCACGGGGUGCGCCAAGGGCGGGAUCGGGUACGAGUACUGCCAGGCCUUUGCGGGGCUAGGCUGCCACGUGGUGGCCACCGACAUCCCCGACCGUGUCCCCAGCCUAGCCGCCGACCUCGCGGACACGCCGUCCACGGAAGCACUCCCGCUGGACGUCACCUCCGACGCGAGCGUCUCCGCCGCCGUCGGCGCCGUGCUGGCGCGUCACGGCCGGAUCGACGUGCUGGUCAACAACGCCGGGGUCGGGUGCACGGGCCCGCUAGCGGAGCUUCCGGGCGCCGCGGUGUCCCGCGCGGUGGACGUCAACUUCCUGGGCCAGGUCCGCACGGUGCGCGCCGUGGCGCCGCACAUGGCGGCGCGCGGGACCGGGCGCGUCGUCAACGUGGGCAGCGUGGUGGGCACCGCCGCCACGCCAUGGGCGGCGCCGUACUGCGCGUCCAAGGCCGCCGUGCACGCCGCCACCGACGCGCUGCGGCUCGAGCUCCGCCCCUUCGGCGUGCACGUCGUCAAGGUCGUCCCGGGCGCCGUCAGGUCAGGGCUGGGACGCGCCAACGCCACCCAGCUCGCCGCCGCCGCCGCCGGACAGCAGGACCAUCAGUGGCGGAUGUACCGGGGCUUCGCGGCGGCGAUCGAGGAGCGUGGACGGGCGUCGCAGACGAGCAAGUCCACCGACGCCGGCGUCUUCGCUAGGCACGUCGCGCGACGGGUCAUGAGCGCGCGACCGCCCAGGGAGAUCGUCUACGGCAACAUGACGCUGCUGUUCGCGGUGCUCGCCGCGUCGCCUGCGUGGGUGCGCGACGCAUUCUUCGCGUGGCGCUUCGGGCUCAACAAGAAGCCACGGUAGCUAGCGACUUCAGUUCAUUAGUAGCGCGUCGUCUUGCUUGUUGCGUUUUGGCCGAUCCAUUUUCUCCACUCCACUGAAUAACCGACGAGUCACCCACCCUGCAUCUUCUUCUUCUUCUUCUUCUUUUCUUUUCUUUUGAUUUGAUGAAGUAACCAUGCGUGCUAGACACUACAACGUGCCAAGGUGCAACAUCAAUGAAAAAACGCUUAUAAAACACAUCAAAGCAUGCAUUCGGUAACAUUUGUGUUA